AUGGAAAGGAUCGUGCCACAGGGAGGCCUCAAAGCUGAUGACUAUCAUGUGCCCGAAUGCACAGCAGUUGGGAUUCCUCAGUACUUGGCGCAUCGUGAUCGCGAUAUAUAUGGAGCGGAUGCACAAGAUUUCAGGCCCGAACGCUGGCUUGAGGCGGACAACACUUCAUUAAAAAUGAUGGAUCAGAACUUCUUAACGGUAACGCAUCUGACGUUUCAGCAGUUCGCAAAAGGUUGCCGUGGAUGUGUCGGCCGUGAAUUGGCGAUGAUAGAAAUGCGUACCUUCCUUUUGAAGGUGCUGGAAAGAUUCGAUAUUAGCUGGGCGUAUAAAGACCUACGGCUAAGAACGGCGAACUACUGGAUGAUGGAAUAUUUCGAUUUCUUCGUUCAAUUCAAGGAACCGAAACAUUGA